AUGCCGAGGUUUAUGUGCAUCUUAUCCAGCAUACAUAACAGUAAAAAGACAAUAGCAUAAGGCAAGAUAGCUGCGGAGAAGGCGGUGGAGAACCCGUCGUGUGCUGAGAUCCGGGACGUUCUGACCGCCGCUGGACUCAAUGUUCUGGUGGAGAACAAGAUGUAUCCGCGCGAAUGGAACAGAGACGUUCAGUUUAGAGGAAGAGUGCGGAUUCAGCUCAGACUCGAGGACGGAAGUCUGUGCCACGAGAAGUUUGCGUCUAGGAAAGAUGUGAUGUUUUUUACGUGGACGGUAGAUGUCCCGAAACUGAAGAGCAGAACGCAGAAGAGCGGCGGCGCCGAGGCCGGAGCGCAGCAGGGAGAAGGAGGGAAGGAAACGAAAGCAAAGAAGAAGAAGAAGUGA